AUGGAGACAAAUCAUGAACUCCACGAUCUAGAAGCUCCACCUCCUCCCGAGCAACACCUUGAGCGCCUCCUCGGAGACCGCGAAGAAGACCAAGAGCCUCCUCUUAAUUCCGACCAGCGCUCUACCUCCGAAUUAGCACCACCACAACCAGAGAAAACUCCAACAGCGCGAGUCUCACCACGGCAGCGUGCGCGCUCAAAACUGCAUUCAAUAGCCUGGAAAGUGGAAUUCCUUGCCUGGAUAGCUAGCACGUGCUGCUUCAUCGCUCUCAUUAUCACAUUAAAAGUCUUUGACGGGCAUCCCUUGCCGGACUUGAAGUUUGGCAUCAGUCCUGGCGCAAUUAUUCAACUCUUAUCGGCAAUUGGUGAAUUCUUCUUGGAGAUAUCUUUUGGGUCCGGCCUCGGCCAGUUGAAAUGGUUGAAUGCGCUGCAAAAGACGCCGUUGGCCGACUUUCACACGAUUGAUGAAGCCAGCAGAGGGGCUUGGGGAAGUGUAGUUCUCAUUGCAAAACGGAGAGGAGGGCUGCUGGCUUCUUUGGGUGCCUUUAUCGUCAUAGUUGCCCUGGGCAUCGGCACAUUUGUUCAACAAGCCCUGGACUAUGACACCAUCUACCCGGCCUCUGGAAGUGGAAGUGCCCUGAUGCCCAUUGCGCGGUUUAUGAACGGCGUCGGCUCGGCGCCAAUCGCAAAUGGAGGCACCACAGAUGGCGUCGAUUCUGUGCUCACUUCAGCUCCCUAUCUGGCUUUCUACAGCCCUCCCGGUACGAACUUUACUGCGACGGCACACUGCAGCACUGGCAAUUGUACAUGGAGCUCUUACCAGACGCUGGGGGUUUGUAAUACGUGCAAGAACCUGACGUCGCAACUGAAACGGAAGAAAUUGCGCAUCAUUCCUGACAAUCUUAAGGAUGAAGCUUACACCACGGAUACAUAUACUUUGCCAAAUGGUUUUGGACUGACAGGCAUCCAGCCAGGAGCCAUGGAUAACCAAGUUGAUUUCUACUUUAGAAAUGGGAUCCUCAACGUAUCCACAACCAGUACUCCAGAGGAGUGGGAUUCCGUCGCGUUUUCGAACAAUGGAUCUAUUAUGCUAGACAUCCUCGCGGUUGCUGCUGCUCCUGGCACGAUUCCCGAACAGCCAGACCAGACUAAAACGGAGGAUAAGAUGACGGGGUCUUUAUACGCAGCUCCAGUGGCCUAUGAAUGCAUGCUACAGUUCUGCGUUCGCACCAUGAACGCAACUUUUGUCAACGGCACGCUGCACGAGACUGUUGUUUCAACCUGGACAAAUGAGACACAGGGCAUAGUUCCUGACAACGGGCAUUAUAUAUUUCGCCCGCCCAAUUCAUCAGACGAAUUCCGAGUUUUGGGCGAAACCAAGGAUUCAAUGGUUCCCUGGCUCAACUAUCUGCUCGUCGGAAGCGCAUACUCGUCCACUCUCGACACUCUCACUUCUGCCUCCUCCUCUGACCUUAUGCGAAUAGUACACACAGCCAUGAAUACCUCGGAGACGGGAUUUCAAGAUUUGAUGGACAAUUUUGCCAACAGCAUGUCUCUCAGCCUGAGGAGUGCAGCGUACCAACCGGCGCCUACGCAUGGGGAUGCCUUUUCUCCUGUUAGCCACGCUGUGGUGACGUGGGAAUGGCUUAUUCUGCCUGCAUUUGAGUUGAUAGCGUCGCUGGUGUUCUUGGUGCUAGUUACGCUGAGGACGAGAAAGGCAGGUCUGAUACCGUGGACGAAUAACAUACUGGCAGUGUUUUAUCACGGGUUUGACCAACGGCCUAGUAUGUCGGGUGUUGAUGAUAGUGAAAGCGCUUUGGAGGAGGAAUCCCAUGGGUUGCUCGUUCAGUUUCAACCUCGGGAAGAGGGAGGAAGGUUGGCUAUUGUCAAUGGCCCCUAA